AGGAGGAGAGAGAGAGAGAGAGAGAGAGAGAGAGUGUAAGGGAGGGGAGGGGAGGUUAAUCCAACAGCGCUGGUGAGACAGAAGUUUCAGCUCUGCGUUUCACACACAAGGAUAGAAGAUAGCAAACAGACACAUCCGUACAGAUACAAUGCUGCUCCCAGCGAGCGUUGCGAUUGGCCUGCUGUGCCUUUGUCACGCGGGCGGAGCGUGGGGUUUUGCACGUCUGCUGGACGACGUGGAGCUUCGCUCGGCUUUCUCUGUUGCACGCACCAACAGCAUGGAGGGCGGGCCCAAGAUGACCGUGACCUUUGACGCCGUUUACGUCAACAUCGGCGGGGAUUUUGACCCCAAGGCCGGCUUGUUCCGCUGCCGUAUCACCGGGGCUUACUACUUCUCCUUCACAGUCGGAAAGUUUCCGCACAAAGACCUGUCGGUGAUGCUCAUGAAGAACAGGAACGAGGUGCAGGCCAUCGUGUAUGAGGAAAACGCCGGGGAGGAGAGGAAGGUGCAGAGCCAGAGUGUCAUGCUGCAGCUGGAGUUCGGGGAUACCGUCUGGCUCCGUCUCCAUGGUGACCCUCGCUACGCGCUCUACAGCAACACAGGACACUACACCACCUUCAACGGCUACCUCGUCUACCCCGACACCUACGGCUUCCAGACACACCACCACCAACAUCAUCCAGCCUCUAACUCCCACAACACCCCCCAGUUGAACAGCAACCAGGACACGGAGCACGUCAGGUCUGGAACGAGAGACAUGGUGGCGGUGGCGGCGGAAGAGGAGAAGGAGUUGCAACGUAGGGAGGAAGAGGAGGAUGAGGAUGACGAAGAGGACGACCAAAGAUCUGCCUUCUCGGUGGGGCGCACCCAGAGCAUCGUGGGAGUCAACCAAGUGGGCAUACCGCAGCACCAGCCAGUCGGCUUCGACACGGCGUUCGUCAACAUCGGAGAAGACUUCAACGUGACGGAGGGCGUGUUCACUUGCCGCGUUCCCGGCGCCUACUACUUCUCCUUCAACGUGGGCAAGCUGCCGCAGAAGACGCUGUCCGUCAAGCUGAUGAAGAACCACCUGGAGGUGCAGGCGAUGAUCUACGACGACAGCCAGGGCGAGAAAGCUCUGCAGAGUCAGAGCUUAAUGUUGUCGCUAAAAACCGGCGACACGGUCUGGCUCUACUCCCACCAGAGAGAUGGUUUUGGGGCCUACAGCAACCACGCCAAGUACAUCACCUUCACUGGCUUCCUGGUUUAUCAGGACUUCCCCAACACCACCCCCACCAGCAGCAGCAGCCAAUCACAUGCAGAGAAGAAACCCUAGCUACAGCACAUGAGCUAGGGACUGCACGUUGUGGGAGGAAUUAAUCUUCGACGCUUCCUCUUCAUAUGAAUUCCUUUCCCAAAAAAAAAAAAAAAAAAAAUCAGAGGGACCUUGGACUGAGUGUAGAGCAUAAAUGGAAAAUAUCUUCAAUCUCCAGCUAAUGGCUUUCCAGGAUAUAACUGUAUCACACACAAAUGUGAGACCUUACAUGGCAGUGAUGUAAACUCUAAUUGAACAUUUCUCUCUAUAAUGGAAACUCAAGUUAUUACCUGCUCAACUCUUUGCCAGCCGAACUCUCGUUUAAGUUAGAAGUAUUGCCCCUCCGUGUCAUUGAAAUUCAUAGCAGAACAAUCCCGUGUCCACUCUUUGUGACUAAAGUGUUUCAUAUUUAAAAUGAUUAAUAGUGGGUACAAAUGUUGACACAUUUUUUGGUGGAAGAAAGCUUGUUACAGAAUCUCCCUUAAGAUGAUAACAAAAUGGCAAUUCAGUCCAAUUAUCAGGCUACAUGAAUAUGGUGAUUAUAUAAAAUUGGAUGCACGUUGUACGCUCUUUUUAAACUAAUUGAAUUAGCAGCAGGUGGAGUUUGCUCAUCCUACAUACUGUACAUGAAGGUGGGGAGGUCACAGUUUUUAUCCUCAUCAAAGACUUAAUAACUGCUCGUUUAUGUAAAAAGUCACUUUACUGUCUUUAUGUCUUUAGAGGCAUGUUAAACUGGUAUGAACAGUGCGAUUUGUGUCAAAAUGAGUUUUUUUAUUUUAUUUUGGAGCGUUUCUCACUCAGAUACUCCCAGCUACACAGCGGUAGCAGAGGGCAACAGGACGAAACUGUUUAGGAAAAGACUGCAUAUCCAUCCCGUACCAACUGUUGACCACAUGCUACCUCUGGGCCUGCGGGGAUCUGGACCAUAAUUUGAUUUCUAAUUCUAGCAGCAGUUUAAUUCAUUUCUUCAGUUGGCGAGCACUGUGGGGAAAAUUGAACAGCUUCUCCCCGGCCACGGUAAUAUGCAUGUCUGUUGAAUUUCACGCUGCCGGGAGAAAGAUGAUGCUGUUCAAAUUGUAAUGAACCUUGACUUUAUGAAAUCACCUUCUCUGUUGGAGAGGCACUAUGUGGAGUGAUACUUUUCUGUGAUUCAACGUUUACGUGUUUUUUUAUUUUUAAUAACAGUUAGUUAACUGGAGGGGAAUUUCUGAGAAGUGAAGUUGUGUUAUAACCUAUGGUCUUAACACAUCAGACCAGUUUACUUCAU